AUGAGUGAUAAAUUGAACAGAACCAUUGCCAGGUUCCAAGCCAAAAUCAACAAUGGAGAAUUCUACGAAGCCCACCAAACAUUAAGAACCAUCACAAAUAGAUAUGUCAAAUCCAAAAAUUUCCCUGAAGCUGUCAAUUUAUUAUACCAAGGAUCAGUUAUUUUAAGUGAAAAUAAAGAAUAUAGUAGUUCAUCAGAUUUGAUCUUAUAUUUAAUAGAAGUAUUGGGUGAAAGUGAUAUUUAUAGUAAAGAAAUCAAGUUGAAGUUGAUUGAAAUGAUCAGUAAAUUACCAAAUAAUGAACCAAGUUUGAUUGAAAUAUCUAAAAAAGUUAUUAACUUAUCUAAAGUAGUUGAUGAAUCUAAAUUUGGUGAUUAUGAUUACCACAACUUAUUUGGGAAUAAGUUCUUACUUGCUAGUCAAUCAGAAAAUACCAAAGAAAGAGAAAAGAUAUUUCAAUUGAGUGAAUUACAUUUAGUCUUGGGUAAUUUAACAUCUUUACAACAAUAUGUUGAAUUCUUGAUCAAGUGGGCUAAAUCAACAAACGAAGAUCCUGGUUUAUUCUUAUCAAGAGCCAUAAUAAAUUAUUCCUAUUUGAAAAAUAUGCAAUAUGUCCAACAAUCAUUGAAAAUCUUCGUAAGUGAAUUUAAACACGAUGAGAUAUUGGAAGAAGGUGACGAUAAGAUUUAUUACUAUAAUGACUUCAAAUUACUUAACUUCUUACAAUUACUUGUUAUCACAUUGAAUACCAAUAAUGGUACAAAGUUCUUGAAAUUAUAUGAAAGUUAUAAACCUACAUUGGUUGAAUAUGAAUUGUUAGCACCCGUUGAAUAUUUAGGAAGAUUUUAUUUCAAUUUGAAAUUGGGUAAUACUAAUAAUAACAAUAUGUUAGCUAAUUUAAUGAAUGGGUUAUUCACUUAG